ACGAUGCACCCAAACAAAUGUAAUAUCGGUUGGAUGUGCCAUGUGACGCCGUUGAAGAAGAAUAAGGGACCUAAGCCCGCUCCUCCCAUCUCUUCCAUCCCUCUAAUCGGCCUUCAACCAGAGUGUGCAGAUCAGGCCAACCAAGUGAAGCCCUACUCCAACUUCCGUCCCACGGACACUCCUCUAAUCCGUCUGCAAAAGAUGGGUGGGCGAAAGGAUCUUCUAUGCUUUCGCGAGAACGGUCCAAACAGGUGCAAGGUGGAGGAUCCGCCCAGGUGUCAGUGGUACUACCUGGGAGACAAUAAACCCAACGAUCCCAACCAACCACCGUACAAGUUCAGGGUCCCCACCUAUAUGCACCAUACUGAAUUUAAACAGGAACCGCCAAAACCGCUGACGCAAAAGGUGGUGGAAACACCCUGUCCGGUUCUGCAGCAGCCGCGGAGAAAGAUAAACAAACUGCCGAGAUUUUUUGAGUCGCGGCCAGGUUAUGCUGAGUACAACAAGAAAGUGAGGCCGUUGUCCAUAAUUCGUCGAGAAUUCAUCCUUCCUAGCACUCCUAAGUACACGAAGUCGUUAUCCGCAUUUGCUCAAAUAACCUCACCAACUCCACUAGCUACCACAGAACCUGUCGAGUAUAAUGUCUACAAACCUCGUGAGACAACAAGUUUUGCAGAUAGACCGUUAAAACCGAAAAGCAAGCGCGACGAAAUUAUGGCGACGAUUUUUAAAAACUACAAGACCCAUGAAAGGCCUACGGAAUCUCUCAACGAGUCCACGGUGGUGAAGAUAAAUAUGAAAAUACUCGCUAUAUUUUCGGUCGAUGUGAGGAAUAUGGACUACUAUGUGGACGCUCUGCUGCGUCAAACGUGGAUGGACCCGCGACUGAUGUGGGAGCACCUCCCAGAGCACUCAGACUACACCUCGCCGAUUGUGUCGCCGAAUUUGAAGGAGCAGGUUUGGCUUCCGGAUCUGUUUUUUCGGAAUGGGAAAGACGGGUAUCUGCACAAGAUGACCCUUCCAAACUACCUACUCCGAGUCUAUCCUAACGGAAAGGUGCUCUAUAGCCAGAAAAUUACAGUUCGAUUUGCCUGCCAAAUGGAACUUCAUAAUUUCCCAAUGGAUGAGCAGAUAUGCGAUAUCAACAUCGGCUCUUAUGGAUACACUCUCCCGGAAUUACGAUUCGAUUGGACCGAGGCAAAUGCCCUUGAAUUCACCAAGGACCUGCAAAUAUCCGAGUUUAAUACACCCAAGAACUUCACCACGAUCGAUUGCACUGAAGAGGCCUCAACAUCCACCGGCAACUACACUUGCCUUUUGGUGAAAUUCCACCUGUCACGACAGCUUGGGAGCUACAUUGUGACCACGUACAUCCCCAACGCCCUCAUCAUAAUGGUCUCGUGGGUGGGAUUUUGGGUCCCACCCGACGCGGCCCCGGCCAGAGUGCCCCUGGGACUGCUUUGUCUGCAGGGCUUGUGCACCCAAGCCGUGUCCAUUAGUUCAAGUCUUCCGCGGGUCUCUUACACCAAAGCCAUUGACGUUUGGCUGAUCUUCUCCAUUGUAUUUGUGGUCAGUGUGAUGGCCGAGUACGCUCUGGCCCUGACGGUAAUGAAGCGUGAGCGGUUGGCCAGCUGGCGUCUGGGUGUUCGGCGCAUUGUGCGGGAGGAGUUGGCGCGUUGGUGGAGAGCCGCCUAUCACAUGGAGGUGUCUUUCGGCACCAACCGGGCUCCAUUGGUAACCAAACAGCAGGCCGAGGUUUUUGCUCAUGUCGAGGCCGUUCUUAUGCACCAGGCAGAUCUGCAGCCACCUGUAAAGAAGAGGCGGAUACUGGGGGAAGCUGAAUCCAUUGUGGACGGCUACAGUCGGUUCAUUUUUCCUCUCAGCUACCUCUUCUAUAAUGCCUGCUACUGGAUUUACUACCUCUGCAUUCUUCCCGACCAACCCGACUCCUUUGCCGACCUCCUGACCCAUAGGUAUGCUUACGAAGACUACGAUGUUCAAAAGAAGCAGUGGGAUGACUUUGUGAGUCGAAGCAGGAACGUCGCUCCCUGCAAACAGGCGACUAUCAAGGUGAUCACGAGCGUCAUCACCCCGCGCAAGAAAUACUAA